AUGGCUUUGCCUAACUAUCCUCUCCCAGAUCUGGAGAAGAGCUUGCAGGAAGCCUCUCGUGUUCUCAAGAUCAUACUGAGCCCAGAGCAGCUGCUGGAGUACAAAAGUGCACUCUGCCAGCACUCAGAGGUUCUGCUUGAAGCCCACCACCACAUGGUCAAAGCUGCAUCAGGCCAUGAGAACUGGGUGUCCGAGCAGUUCAGGAACCUCAUGUUGUCCCGCGCCGACUCUCUACCUGCUUCCACGUCCAUCCCCGUGGUCCUGUCCCCAACUGCUGCAGCCAGGGUAGAUAGUGCCCAGCUGGAGCGGGCGGCCGCUCUCCUCUGGGCCGCAGCCAAGGUGUACGCUGAGCCAUGGUUGGUGGAGGAGGAUGAGCUGAUGGAGCGCACCCAGCAGUCAGAGGCCUUCGCUGCCUGCCGUGUGCCUGGAAAGCCCCAAGACCAGAUCCAGGUGUACCCAGACAGCCUCCAUGCCAUUGUCCUUUGUGCAGGGGGUGUUAUCCCUGUUCAAAUUCUGUGCCACUGCAGCCCAGGGGGAUUACUGUCCCCUCUGCCGGUCCUUGAUAUUUAUUCCCAGUUGGUUGAGGCAGCAAGUCAGCCAGUAGCAGGCUUGGAUCAAGACCCUACAACCAUCUGCAGCUUCACAGCCGUUCACCGCCACGUGUGGUACAGCCUAAGGGAGCAGAUCCUGAGCACAGGUGGAGAUGCAGCAGCGUCCCUUGGGGUGAUGGAGAGCUCAGUGCUGGCCGUUUCUCUGGAUGGCUGCUAUGUGCCAUCUGACCUGGCGGAAACCCUCAACAUUGUGCGAUUAGGCAAAGAUGGAUGCUCCUUCAGAUAUUAUGACAAGGUAGUGAAUUUAGUAGUAUUCCAGGAUGGUACAGCGGGCAUUGUGUUUGAGCAUGGUGCUCUGGAUGGCAUGGUGGCUGGAUUAGUGACCAGGAGCAUUUGGCGUGAAUCUGAAAUGCUCAGCUUGAACCUAACUCGUCCAUUAUCUUCCGGCUCGUCUACCAACCGUUUCACCACAAAGCCGCUACGUUUCCCUCUGGGUGACAUAACCAAGAUUUGCCAACCUGUCUCCAUCCCUUCCACUAAAGAUGCCAGCACCUUGAUGACUUUUGAAAUCCAGUCAUAUGUAGAUAUCUUCACAGCCUUGAGAGGUCAAAGGGGCUUGUUUGAUGCUUGGGUCAACUUUUCUUUGCAGCUUGCCCUAAGACAAACUGUGGGAGACUCUGCGGUGAACCACAUUUUUGUCGUACCUACCCAUAUGCGCCAUUACAAACAUGGCCGCUGUGAUCCAACCUAUCCAGUUACCACGCAAUCCUGCCAACUUGUGGAAACUCUGCUGUCCUGCAUUGGCGCAAACAACACUCUCGAAUACAGUAGAUCACUUUUUCGACUCUUCCAUUUAGCAUUUCAGGAACACAAGCGCCUCAUAAAAGCUACCAAGAAAGGUCAAGGUGUAGGCCCUCACUUGGCUGCUUUACAAAAAGCAAUCUCCCCAGAGAAUCCACUCAGAAAAUUUUUGGACCAUUUUAAUGCUCCGUCUGUCUGUAUUACAGGCAAAGACAUAACAGAAGGUCUACAUUGUGCAGUGGGAAAUGUAUAUGCCCCUAAUCAGCUAGCUGUCACCUACCUUGGUGGAAGAGACAGGAUCCGUAUGGUUUUCAAUGGAAAUGGUAACUUUGCCUAUAUUUUGGGUCAGCUUCAGGAGAACUUACAAGUGACCCUCAAGCUGAUGAUGUUCUUGGCCGUAAGGUAUGCCAUUGCAGGGCAGAUGGGAGCCAUUGAGUGCUUGCUCGAGUCUGAAAGGCUUGAUAGAUUUGGUGAAGGUGAAACAUGUGGGCUGCUGAGUAGUCAAGAUGCAGGCAGCCAGAAAGGGACAAACUUUGACACUACACAGAAAGAGAGAACCAGUUUCACCCUGAUUAUUCAUGGUGGGGUCAUGGAAGAAAUCAACUUGGAUCAGAUGUUUCAGGGCAUAACUGAAUUUUCCCUGCAAGCAGCCCUAUGCCUUGGGGCACAAGAACUUGCUAAAGGAGGAACAAGCAUUAAUGCAGUUCAGAAAUGUGUAACUGCUUUGGAGGACUGCUUCCUGUUUGGUACUGGUAAAGAUGCCAUGUUCAACAAGAAAGGGAAGCAAGAAAUGGAAGCAACCAUUGUGGAUGGCACUGGGAUGAAGUUUGGAUCUGUAGCCUUGGUGCAGAGUAUAAAGAACCCACUAAAGGCUGCUCGACAAGUCAUGGAGAGGAACCCUCAUACACUCCUUGCUGGAGAUGGAGCACUGGAUAUUUUGGAAGGGAUUAGAGAACAAGACACAUCACUGGGGGCUGAGUACUUCCAGACUGAGAUAUGGGAGCAGCUAGCUAAAAAAGACAGUGAGAAUUUUUCCAAAUUCAGCUCUCCACGGACCGUAGGAGCUGUUGCUUUAGAUGAUUGGGGAAACCUGGCUGCUGCAACAUCUACAGGUGCAUGGGAUGGCAAACUGAAGUGUCAAGUAGGAGGCACAGCAGUGAUGGGGGCAGGCAUAUUUGCUGACAAGUCAGUGGCAGUGACUUGCUGUGGGAAUGGAGAUGUGUUGCUGAAGCUUAUGGUGGCCCACAAAGUGGCUUGUCUCUAUCACUAUAAGGACUACGGUGUUAGGGAGGCUUGUCAGAAGGUGAUGUCCGAGGACUGCAAAGGAUCUUCUAUUGGAAUCAUUGCUGUUGAUAAUAAAGGCAAGGUUGCAAUUGAAAGUAACGCUGGAAUGUUAGUUGGUUCGGUUGUUGAUGGUGUCGAACGUAUUGACAUUUUGAAAGCCUGAAGACUUACGCUUAAGGUAGCAUGAUUUACUGGCUUGCUUAAAUUAUAAUUCAUGGAACAGAGCCAUCUUUACCACCCCUCAACCAAAGCCAAUAGUCUAACAGUCGGCCACAAUGAGGAUGACAAGACCUGGAAGGGGUUCAAUUCAGGAUUUGGAGCAAACCUUCAUGCAUGAACAAGUCUAAGUUAGAUUUGCCACAAUAUACUUUGUC